GGGGCAUUUGCCCCUAGGGCCGGGAAAGGCAAUGGCCGUCUGUAACCUUAACAAUUAAUGUUAGUUACCAACGGUAAUGAGCAAUUUACUGUCCCGGCUGAGGCGGGCCGUGGACUGCUGUGUAAAAUGGGCAGGACCCUGAACGGCACCUACCUAGUUUCUGCCUCCCCAGUCUUCCCGGCAGAUCAUCCUCUUUGGGUAUCAUUUCCCGGCUGGGGCUCGGGCCUCCUUCCUUUACUUCCGAUCUCCGUGACCUUCCUUUGCAGACCUGUCGCGCUGAAAGUGGUGGAGAGGGUAUUUGCGCUGUCCCUCUGACCUCUAAUGGCCUUCUCAGCUGGGGCAUGGUUCGAGGAAGACCGUGGUCCAGGGAGGACGGGCGGGGUGAAGGGGACGACCGAAGGUCGCGAGUGUAAGCAAACAACCAGGCUGUCAGUGGAUUUUUUUUUUUUUUUUCCUCUGCAGACCGAAAAAAUGCAGACCACCAGGGCACUACUCAUUCCUCCUGCUCUGAUCCGCUCUUGUACCAGGGGUCUGAGCAGGCCUGUGUCUGCCUCCUUCCUGAGUAGGCCAGAGAUCCCAUCUGAACAGCCUUCCUACAGCAGUGUCCCACUCCAGGUGGCCAGGCGGGAGUUCCAGACCAGUGUUGUCUCCCGGGACAUUGACACAGCGGCCAAGUUUAUUGGUGCUGGGGCUGCCACAGUUGGUGUGGCUGGUUCAGGGGCCGGCAUUGGAACAGUGUUUGGCAGUUUGAUCAUUGGCUAUGCCAGGAACCCGUCUCUGAAGCAGCAGCUCUUCUCCUAUGCCAUUCUGGGCUUUGCCCUGUCUGAGGCUAUGGGGCUCUUCUGUUUGAUGGUCGCCUUCCUCAUCCUCUUUGCCAUGUGAGGCUCCAUGAAGGUCACCUAUCCACCCCUGCUGCUUCGACUCCAGGCCAUGCCCGGUGCUAGAGUGUGCUAAGCUUUACCAUUAAACACAAUGUUUCUCUAAA